AUGGCCGACUCGUUACACACUGUUGUCGAACGCGAUGGCAUCCUUCCCAAUAUCGUUUACAAGGUCAGCAUUCCCAUGACAGACGCCGCUUGGGUCAGCUACAACCAAGUUCUCGCUACAUUCGGGUUCGCCAAUGGUGUGAAUGACAUGCUCAUUGCGGGCUCCGACAAUUUCGACAAGUACACAUACAUGAUCGAUGAUGUGAGCGCAGAACACGAGCAAGGCUGGAAGAUCUGGAAGAAUACAUGGAUCGAGAAUGGAUCUGGCUAUGUCGGAGUGGCCAAGGAUAUUGUGCAAUAA